GUUUUUCGUUCUGCUGUUGGUAAUGUUGUCCACGACGUAAAGUACAGCCAAAGCCUCCAUUGAGCAAAUUCUUCGUUUUGUUUACCAUUUUUGUGACAAAGCUGCGUGCAACGCGACCAAGAGCAACGUGUAUUCUGUGACGUGUCCGUGCUGGCAAUCCAUCGAUGUGGAAGGGAGGGAAAACGUGAAAGUUUCUGAAUGUUGGCCAUCGUCUAGUGUAUGCCAUGGCACGUGUGUGAUAAGUGUGAACGUGUGCUAAAGAAAAUAUGAACCAUCGUCGUUGUGCGGUCGAGGUGGAAAAAUUGUAGCAGCAUAAGCGUGCAGAAGCUUUUUUUGGCAUUUUUAGGGUCACAGUGCAGUGUGUAAUGCCGACGCGGUGUUUCAUUUAUGUGUAGUUGAAGGGUAACAGUUGUGUUGUGUUCCGUUUGUUAGUGGUGAGUGAAGUGCAGCAAAGGGGCAGUGUGGUGAAAAAAUGUCCACCAUCAGUUUUAGCCGCAUGUUUCGCGGCAAGUUCCGCACCAACACGUGCCGGAUCGUGCUGCUGACUUCGCUCGUUUGGCUGCUGAUCGAUGUGGUGCUGAUCGUGAAGUACGCCGACUGUCCCAGCUCGGGCGGUGGUUCUAGCUGGCUGUGCAAACACAGCGGCCCCGGAGAGUAUGAUGUUGAGAUCCCUCGGGCCGUGCAACAGCAGCAUCAGCGGCGUGCGGUGGCCCCAGAAGACGAUGAUCCGAUCGUGGACGCCGAGGAGAUCGACACUAACUCGAACAACCUGGGCGACAGCGCAGUGGACAGCGCAAUGCCCCGGACGUACCGGCCGCAGGAGCUGAAGAAGUGGCGUCCGGCGCCGACGGUCGGCGAAAAUUACGGUCGUCCCGGUGAAAUGGGUAAACCGGUGAAAAUUCCGUCCAGCCAGCAGGAGCUGAUGAAGGAGAAGUUCAAAGAGAAUCAAUUCAAUCUGCUCGCCAGUGACAUGAUCUGGCUGAACCGAUCGCUUACCGACGUGCGGCACCACGACUGUAAAAAGAAACACUACUCGGCAAAAAUGCCGACUACCUCGAUAGUUAUCGUGUUCCACAAUGAGGCGUGGAGCACGUUGCUGCGUACGAUAUGGAGUGUGAUAAAUCGAUCACCACGGCCACUGCUGAAGGAGAUUAUCCUGGUGGACGAUGCCAGCGAGCGGGAACAUUUGGGCCACCAGCUCGAAGCCUACGUCAAAACGCUGCCGGUGUCGACGUUCGUUUUGCGUACUGGCAAGCGGUCCGGUUUGAUUCGGGCCCGGUUACUCGGUGCCAAACAUGUCAAGGGUCAAGUAAUUACAUUCCUGGAUGCGCACUGCGAAUGCACCGAGGGUUGGCUGGAGCCACUGUUGGCACGUAUCGUGCUGGAUCGCAAAACCGUCGUUUGUCCCAUCAUCGAUGUGAUAUCGGACGACACGUUUGAGUACGUCACGGCGUCCGACCAGACGUGGGGCGGUUUCAAUUGGAAGCUAAACUUCCGAUGGUACCGAGUGCCGGCUCGUGAGAUGCAGCGGAGAAAUCACGAUCGCACGGCACCGCUCCGAACGCCAACCAUGGCCGGUGGGUUGUUUUCGAUCGAUCGGGACUACUUCUAUGAGAUUGGCUCGUACGACGAGGGUAUGGACAUUUGGGGUGGCGAAAAUUUGGAGAUGUCUUUCCGGGUUUGGAUGUGUGGCGGAACACUGGAGAUCGCCCCCUGCUCGCGCGUGGGGCACGUCUUCCGGAAGUCGACUCCCUACUCGUUCCCCGGCGGCACCUCACAGAUAGUUAACAAAAACAAUGCCCGGCUGGCCGAGGUGUGGCUCGAUGGCUGGAGCGAAUUUUACUACAACAUUAACCCAGGCGCUCGCAAAGCCUCUGCUGGAGACGUCAGUGAACGACGGGCGCUUCGAGACCGGCUAAAAUGCAAAAGCUUCCGGUGGUAUCUGGAAAAUAUUUACCCCGAAAGUCAAAUGCCACUCGACUACUACUUCCUCGGGGAGAUUCGGAACGUUGAGUCGCAAAACUGUCUUGAUACGAUGGGGCGGAAGGCGAACGAAAAGAUUGGUAGCAGUUACUGCCAUGGUCUAGGUGGAAAUCAGGUAUUUGCUUACACCAAGCGGCACCAGAUUAUGUCGGACGAUAACUGUCUCGACGCAUCGAACGCGCUAGGACCAGUGAACCUGGUCCGAUGCCACGGUAUGGCCGGCAAUCAAGAGUGGAUAUACGAUGAAGAGGAAAAGACUAUCAAGCACGUUAACAGUGGAAACUGUUUAACACGACCAUCGCACGAGGAUCCUUCGACGCCUCUGUUACGACCGUGCAACUCAUUCUCUCCCGGUCAACAGUGGCUGAUGCAGUCCAAGUUCAAGUGGCAAGCCCACCACGACAAUCACAUCGGUGAGGACAGAUAAGACGCACUGCUCGGUGCACGAUCUGCACACACUCGUGGACAGCCAGAGUCCGUAGCAGUGUCCAUCGAUCGUCACAGAAGUAGUAGCAGCAGCGGUCACAAUCGGGUGGCAGAUACCCACACCAGAGGAUCGUACUGAGGAUGCUUUUCCAUCAAGGUGUUGUUAAACUUCUCCCCAUCCGCAUGGGAGUAACUGCCGAUUGAAGGCGACGAAUAUGCGACGGAUCGUGAUAAUCGUGAUCGUGAUAAACUGCGGUGAUGAAUCUGAUCGUCGUCUUGCCAUUGCGUCAGUGUUUCUGAUGCAGAACGUUGGUACCACAGAAGAGAAAGCAUUCAUAUCUAAAGGAAUAUCGAAUAGGCCGAUAGUAACGUUACGCGUACAUCAGUCAUUCGUCAUGUUACAAUAAGUUAAGACCUCUGCAAGGAACACCAUGCUCAUUGCUUACACACUGCGCACUAUGAGUUGAACUGAAAAGAUUGUGUGCGUCCAUUGUUAUAGGUAACGGUAGGUUAAACGUAUUUGAAAUAUGUUCCAUCCACCCUUCAUGUUGCAUCAAUGUACCAUAGAUAUUGAAGGUCAUAUUUUACGCGGCCCGUAUUCGGUUUUAGUACGUGCCCCAUUAAUCAUAGCGUUUGGUAUUCGGGUUCCUGUUGUUAACAUGCAACGUUCUUGUUGUUAUUAAUUCAUGCUUCUUUUUACUGGAUGCUUUUAAAAUCUAAAUGAAACAAUUUGAGCAUAUCAUACAAACUUGUUUUGCGAAUACGCAAUAAAAAUUCAAUAUUAGGAACGUUACACUUCUCUUUUGAGUGUUAUCAGUAGGUAGCUUCCGUUCGUUCAGUGAGAAAUAGUUCCUUCUUUUCUUCCUUUCGAACUUUCACGUCGCUUUUUUCUGUUUAAUUAUCCGUCUUACAUCCUGUACCCUACAAACACGUUCUGCAGCAAUGUUGUAAGAAUCGCAACACAAAACAACUUGGACCAUUUGCAUUUAGAAAGUAAAUUAAAACAGGAAACGUGAAGAAUAUUCAAACCAGCUCAUCGCAACAAAAUUAUAAAUUGAAUUAUAACAAAAACUGUCGUACUCCUCCGACACACCGCAAACGCUGUAUACACGGUGGCAAAUAGCGCAAAGUGCAAUCAAAUUCGGCAGAUCGCGAAACGUUGUAAGUAAAGCAGUGUGGUUAAGUUUAACGUAAGGCGAUAUUGUACAUAAAUAUCAGUCGAAAUAGUAACAUACAACAUGAUAGAACGAAGAAGAUAAUGAUACAAGACAUGCAAGAGAAUAGGCGACGUUUUCAGCGAAUGAAACUGAUAUCAUCUAUUUGUAGUCGGAUAAAGAAACGUGUGAAAGUAAAGAUGAAUGAUAUCGGACAAAGUAUAUUUCAUGUUCUAUUAACGUGAACAUGCAUUCUGCAAGUGUGCCCGUGAUUUGAACUGUAGGCUUAGAAAUAAAUCAUUUAGGAAACGGUGCAAGAAAGUGGCAUACAGAAGCAAAAACAAAGAAAGAGAACGAUGUAUAAAUGUAACUCGUCCACAAAGUUUAAAAAAUGAAGUAUAUUCAAAGGUGCAACAGUGCGAAAACAACGUAUAUACACAGAAAUACAGCUUCUGUGAGGCCGCACAUGUGUAGUUAAAAUAGUUCGUGACAAGUUUCGCGUUAAGUUCAGCGUAACCUGAUGGAAGCCGCAAUGUCAUCGCUGUUUAACGCUAACGGAGCGGCGGUAAAGGGACAGAAGGAAAUGAUGUUAAAUGAAAUUACUAUUAUUACAUACAUGAGUGAGUUCUGCUGCUCAACUAUCCUCAAUGCCACCUUCAAAAGUCAAAUGUGAAAGAUUCCAAAAUUGAUUGUUUUUAAUCUUUUCCUUAAAGCAUCCAUCGUGGGGCCAAAGGUCGACUGGAAGGAUGCAUAGACCAAUCUUUUGUGCUGACCAUGGCGUUGAAUGGGCGCAUCUACAAAAGUUUUUUUUCGUUCUCCUAAGUUGCAUUCUUUUAAACGACCGUAGGAAUUAGCUAUAGAAUAAUACGUUAAUUAUAGAAUAAUGAACAGAGAAAGUAUAUCAUUUUAUCGCGAUACGAUCGCUCGCUCG